GGCUGCGGACAAUGAGCAAUGAUUUGAGUCCAUGGGAGAACACGACUGAAGGGGUGACGACGGUGCCCGGCGAGGUGACGUCCCAGGAUGGGUAUGUGCUUCUUCUGGUCUUGCUCUCCAUCUUUAUCGGAGGCACCCUGGUGCUUCUCUUCGGCGUCCUGAUCAUCUGCCGGCGCUGCUGCGAGACGGAUCGCCGGCGCUCCAGAGCCAACGAUGAUCCAGAGAAAACAAACACGACCUACCUGGACGACUCGCAGCCAGCCCAAGACAUCACCAUUAAGGUCGAGGACCCCGAUUGUAUGUCGAGCUCCAGCUACCGGGAUGCGGAGAGCGAGCGCUUUCUCUCCUCCGGAAGCGCCACCGCGAGGCGGGUCUCCUUCAACGAAGCCGCCCUUUUCGAGCAGAGCAAGAAGACCCAGGAGAAGGGGAGGAGGUACACGCUGACUGAGGGGGAUUUCCACCACCUCAAGAACGCCCGCCUCAGCCACCUCCCCCUGCCCCCUUCGGCAGCCCUCAGGAUCGUCACCAUCCACGAGUGCGAAUCCAACGAGAACAGCAUCGCCAUGACGCCUCGCCGCCCCCCCGCCAAGCCCAGCCUCGCCAUCUUCCAGCCAAGGGGGAGCCCCCUGCCCCAGACAGCUCUAACCAGCCACGCCAUGUGCCCCAGCUCCGCGUUGCCGGGGGACACCUACAACUCCACCGUGGAGGCCAGCCCGACUCUUUCCUCGGAUUCCGGGGAGGGGGCUUCGUCUGACAGCGCGGCCAGGAGUCCGAAGGGAACCGGGGCAGGCGCCACGGCACCAGGGGAGCCUGCCCCUGCCCCCGCCCAGGGCACCGUCCUGCACUUCUUCACCCGCUUACGCCGUCAUGCCAGCCUGGAGGGAGCAAGCCCUUACUUCAGAAUCAAGAAGUGGAAGCUGGAAACCAGCCAGAGGGCUUCGAGUCUGGAUAUGCGAGGGUCCCCCAAACGCCACCAGUUCCAGCGGCAGAGGGCAGCGAGCGAAAGCAUGGAUCAGGUCGACCGGGACCCCCACCAAACGGACAUCAUCCAGUACAUUGCCCGGACCGAUGACGUGGCGUUCCGACCCGUAGCCGGGCCGUUCUUGCCUGCCCCGGACAGCCCCACCCUCUCUCUCGGCAGGUUAGAACCAUCAGAAUCAAUUGCCCCCCCCUCUCCUGACCCCCCAACAUUGGAUCAGCCACCCACCCCGCUUUAUCAUGAUAUUUGGAGCCUCCGGGCAUCGCUAGAGAUGUACGCUUCGUCUGAGCAGGGGAACGACCGGGACUCCGUGCGCAGCGAUGGAGGGGACAGUGUCUCCUCCUCCUUGGGGGGCGGCCUGCCCAGCUUCCCUUCCUCCCUGGCGGACGAGGCCGAAGGGCCAGACGACAAACCGUGGGGGAAACCCAAGCAGGACAGCGUGGAGUCGGAGGCCGGGACCCGCAAGUUGUUGCAGAUGGACAGUGGCUACGCCUCGAUUGAAGCCCCCAACAGCGGUCGCGUGGGUGAGGAUCAGACCGCCUCGGAGAAACGUCACUGCUUCACCAGCUCAGGCCGCAAGGCCACCAUCUUUGAGAGCUUUGAAGGACAGGAGGUGGAAGAGGAGGAGAGGGGGGCGGCGGGAGGGUUGCCCCCCCACAGCCCUCUGGUAUGGGCCCCCUAUGGGCAGAUGUUCCCCACAAGGGAGUCUUUGCCCCGCCGAGAUUACAGCAUAGACGAAAAGACCGACGCGCUCUUCAAUGCGUUUGUCCGUCACGACCCUCAGUUCGACGAGUCACCCCUGCGGGCGAAGCACCGUUCCCGCACCCACCUGCGCAAGCAGUGGCAGCGAACCAAGCAGUAUAGCGACCCGGGGGUCCGUUACCCUCCAGCCCUGGAGAGGCACCGUACCCCGCUACGCCGCGGCGACAGCGUCAACUACCCCCUGGACGGACGAUACCACAGCACCCUGCCCCGCAUUAUCAGCGCUGGCGACGAGGAGGUCCCAUCGCCGGUCCCAGAAGCCAGUGACAAAAUCCAGGUCAUCGAGGAAGAGCCUCCGGAGGAGACCAAAGCAGCGCCUGACCCUUAUGGCGGCGACUGCCUCGGAGAAGGCGAAUGCCCCGGAUUUUGCGACCUGGGCACAGAACUGGUGGACAAGAUUGCCGGGGGGCUGGAGGACCGGCUUUACAGGCACUUGAAAAAACAGAGAGAGAGUCCAGAGUGUGUGGCAGUCGUGGUGGGCGCCUCCCCUGACCACAGCCCCGAGUAG